UGUUGAUGAAGGAAGAAGAUAUGAGGGUCAUUUAGUCAAGUUUCUAGGAUUAAAUCUUCAUUAUGGAGAAUGUCGAAGGCAAAGGGACUGUAAGAAGGAUUCAGUCAGAGGCUAAGUUCUCUGGACUUCCAACUGAUCCAUAUAAAGCUCUAGAAAGAUCACAAUCAGCCAGAACACUUCUCCACGAUAUAGAGGAUGAUGAGGAAAUGACGGAGAAAAAUCAUGAGUCACCACAUCAUAAUGUAUCCGAAUGUUCUAAAGUUUACUUGGAUCUGUCGCAAGCAGAACAUUCAGACCAACGUCUCAUCAACAACAUUGAUCAGGAUCAUAUUGUUAAGAAUGGAAAUGAAAAAUGUGUAUUUUUAUCAGGAAAUGAAGAUUUAAACAAUUACACAUUGAAAAACUCAGAAUCUCAGCCUACAGCAGAAAAUACUGAUUGGUCCUCCAGUCUACAACACCUUACUAGUCAACUAAAGGCCAAAAUUGAAGUCAUCAAACAAUGCACUGGUGAUUCUCUCAUUCAAGCAUUACAUGACAUAAGUUUAUUAGUGGAACAAGCUUGGGCCAUGCCAACUCAUGGUAAGGAUGUAGCAAAUAGUUUAUGUGACACUCUUCGUGAAGAACACGCUCUAGACAUUGUGAUAGGAAACUGUGCCUCUCAAAACAAAGAAUUGAUGAAGACUUCAGGAAGAUUACUUGACAAAAUUUUAAUAACAAGAAAUAGACAGAGAGUAGCACACUAUGGACUAGAAAUACUGGUUAAAAUGGCUGUUGAUACAAAGGGGGAGUUUGAUAUGGCUCGGUUUUGUACGGGAAUAUUGGAGAGUCUCUUCAAAAUAUCAGAAGAAACUUGUAGAAAGUUGACUGUCCUGGGGGGACUAGAUGUUUUACUUUAUUGGUGUAGAAGUAAUGAUCGUCUGACAUUACGUCAUUGUGCAAUUGGUUUGUCAAAUAUGGCUUUGUAUGGUGGCCCUGAAAACCAAGAAGAAAUGGCAAAACACAAAGUCCCAGAAUGGCUCUUUCCUCUAGCAUUUAAUGAUGAUGAUAGUGUAAGAUACUAUGCCUGCUUAGCUAUUUCUGUACUGGUAGCAAAUAAAGAAAUUGAAUCUGCUGUUUUACAAUCUGGUACCCUAGAUCUGGUUCUUCCAUUUAUUGCUAGUCAUUCUCCAAGUGAAUUUGGGAGGAUGGACCUGUCUCAUCGUCAUGGUAGAUCCAGGGGAUGGUUGAAACGUCUGGUUCCCUUAUUAUCCAGUAAAAGGGAGGAAUCUGAAGCAUUAGCAGCAUUUCAUUUUGCAAUGGAGGCAGGAAUUAAAUCUCUUCAGAAAAAGACAGAAGUAUUUUAUGAAAUAGGAGCUAUACGUCCAUUAAAAAGGUUAGCUAGUAGUCCAAAUGCUACAACAUCUAAAUUAGCUUGUGAAGCUCUAAGAAUUAUUGGAGAGAAUCUUCCACACAAACUGACUGCACAAGUUCCCGUGUGGACAGUUGAAGAUGUGAAAUUCUGGGUAUCACAGAAUGGAUUUGAGGAAUUUGCUGUUAAUUUUGAGAGAUGUAAAGUAGAUGGUGACCUGCUGUUAACAUUAACAGAAGAGGACUUGUCAGGGAGUCUCCAUAUGAAAUGUAGAAUAGCACACAAAAGAUUCAUGAGAGAAUUAAAAAGACUUAAAAUAACAGCAGACUAUGCGUCUUCAGAUCCGACUAAACUGGAUGAUUUUUUGAUGGAAUUAGGGUCAGAGUUCAGUCAAUACACUUACUCCAUGUUACAGGCUGGUGUAGAUAUGCUUUAUCUACCUGACCUCACUGAGGAACAGCUGACCAAUGAUUGUGGCAUCUCUAGCGGUAUACAUAGGAGUAAAAUAUUACAGAAAAUUAGAGUUUCAGAGGAACAAAAGACGGAAAGUGAUGCUGGAGAUAUUAUUGAUGGGCGUAAAGUGACUGAUGUUUUUAUAAGUUACAGAAGAAUAAAUGGGUCGAUGUUGGCAAGUUUAUUGAAGGUAUUUCUGCAGCUGAGGGGAUUUACAGUAUUUUUAGACAUAGAGAAAUUAAAUGCUGGUAAAUUUGACGAGGGAUUAUUGAGUAGUGUAAGGUCAUCACGUAAUUUUAUACUGGUACUGACACCAAAUGCUCUUGAUAGAUGUGUAGGAGAUAAAGACAAAAAUGACUGGGUUCACAGGGAAAUAGUAGCAGCAUUAGAAAGUAAGUGUAAUAUUAUACCUAUUAUGGACAACUUCCACUGGCCAUCAGCUGACCAGCUACCUGAAGAUAUGAAACAGAUCACAUUUUUCAAUGGUAUAAGAUGGAUACAUGAAUAUCAGGAUGCCUGUGUGGAGAAGUUAGAACGAUUCCUGAGAGGAGAAGUCAACAUAAGCAGUAAAAGAGCAGGAUUGUUCCAGAUGGGUUCAUCGUCAGAGUUGUUACAACAACAUAAAGCAAAAUAUAGCUCUAGUUCUAGUGAAAACUCUCCCAACUCUGAUUGUAGCUAGUUCAGUAUUCGCACCUCAGAGAUUUCAUUUGUCAAAAUUUUCUUUUUAACUCCAAUUGUAGCUUGUCCCAGCUCUAACACCUCAGAGAUUUGUUUGUCCAAAUUCUCCCUACUUAAUAUGCUUAUGAAUCUCCCAACCUCCAAUAGUAACACUAGUUAUUUAAUGUGUCUUAUUGUAACUGUCUCAUGUAAGAUUUUACAUAGUGAUAUUAUAAGAUUAUUGUUGAUCAAGAUAAAUUAACCUGUGACAAAAGACGUACAAUUAAUAUUUUUACCUAUUAAGGAAGAAGUUAGCUUCACAAGUAACUUUCAUGAAUUUAAGAUGCAUUUUGAUAAGCAAUUAGUUUUGAAUGCAUGGAAAAUAAAUCAUGUGAAACUCAUUAUCAGCAAAUUGGUUGACUGUCAAUUUAGAAGAUAGGUUUUCGGUUAUGAAUUUUAUGUGCCUUUUUGCAGUUUGAUUAACAUGUGUAAUGCUGACUGAAACACAUGCAUUUUGUAUUUUUUUACUAAAAAUCAAACAAAAAAUUCAUUUUGGUCAAUACUUAUAUUGUUAAGUUAAAAAAAACUAUAGGUUGAUAUAUGCAGAUAAUUUGAAAACACAUAACAAUGAGCAGUCAGAGAUAUAACUCUAUAGGGUUAUUACAGAAAAUAACUUGCAUGUGUUAUUACAGAUACUUUCAUGAGUUGUCUACUCUUUAUUCCUUAAAUUUUCUAAAUCUGUAAUAACAUAUGUUUGUUAUUUGUAAAAUGAAUCAAUAAUAUUUUAAUUUAUAAUGGGCUCUAGGGAACUCUUGAGACUUUGCGCAGAAACUAAAUGCAUAGCCUUGAUAAUUAAUUUUUUAAUCAAAUUAAUACAUUUUUUAUUAACCAUGGUAAAUCAAUGAGAUGUGGCUUUCAAGGGAUAAAAUUAGCUGUAAUAACAUAGCUUAGUUAUUAAAGGAAUGUAACCUAUUAUAUGAGACACUUGGGAAUUACUGGGAAGCUUGCGCAGAACCUCAUUACAUGCUCUGGUCAUUAUUUCUUACAUUAAAUUAAAAUACAUUGUAAUUAAGCAUGAUUUACGUCUGAGAAAAUGCUUUGGAGUGAUAUAGAGAAGCUGUGAUAACACCCUUUAGUUAUUACAGGCAUAUUUUUUCUGUAAUAACAUAUAGGUGUACUUUGCAAAAUUGGCAAACUAUGAACUGUUAUAUCUUUCUAUAGUUAAGUAUACAUAAAGACAAUAGUAAUAUCAAUAGAACUUGUAUGCAUUUUAACUAAACUAGUGAUGUAUAUUGUCCCUUUGAAACAUGUAACAUACGUAUGUUAUCACAGUUCUUUGAUUUUUUAGUCCACAAUAACAAAUGUAUGUUAUUUUUCUGUAACAACCCUAUAGAGUUAUAUCCCUGACUGAUGAGUACAACUUUUUAGAAUGUUUAGAACUUUAUAUAUAUUUAGACACUUGCCUGUUUUUUAAGUCUGUCCAUGUCUACAUGUUUUUUAUUUGAGUUUGUGUUGAUGGAUUGCUGUCUCAUUGAUGUGUACCCUACAACUCUUUUUAUUCAUUCAUUAGUUUGAGAGUAGUAUACACAUGUACUGUGAAUAUAUGGACAAAACAAGAUGUAGGGUGUUUCCAUGUGAGACAGCAAAAUGAGGAACAGGAUAUAUGCCAAGGAGACAGCAAUUUAUCAACACAAAGACGACAUAAAGAAAUUGUUUUCUUGUUGUAAGAAUUUUACUUAACUUUUUCCAAAUUCCACAAAAGAUGCAAACCAUUUUGAAUUCUGAAAUGAAUAGCAAAACUAUAAAAAUGUUCUUCUAUUAAAAGAUUACAUUUAUUUAUAGAAGCUGAAUAAUAGAAUGCUUUAUUGAUAAUUCACAAAGAUUUAUUUAUAGAAAUCUGGAUGGUAUGAAUGCUUUAUUGAUAUACUCGUAACAUUCCAUGUGUUCAUUGAUAUACUGUUGAUUCAUUAUUAUUCGUUGAUACCAAAUUUCGUGGAUUUCGUGAGUAAUGGGGAACCACAAAUUUAAAUGUUAAAAUGAAUUACAAAUUUUCUAUAGGAAUGUAUGCAGACAUUGUUAAAACCAUUACUGGUAAAUCAAAUUUUCACAAAAAUGCAAGUUUUCCUCGAUCCACAAAAAAUAGUACCCACGAAAAUAAAUGAAUCCAUAGCAACUAUGUUAAUUUUGUUGUCCAGUUCUUUUAUGAUAUUUGUGAAGAAUUGUAUAUAGACUAUUGUAGAAAUAAUAUUGUUUUUCAGGUUCCUUUUCACAUUUCUCAGAAAGAGGCAUGACCUUUUGACCUCGUUUUAAUUUCUAAACUUAGAAAGGACAUAAAUUUGAGAUCUAUAAUCAACAGUUUUCUUUGUUACAUAAAGGCAUCUUUUAUAUCCAGGAUUUUGACGCAAUACAAAGGAUGAUGGUACCAAAUAAAUAGGGCCAGGCAGGGCAGGGAACCAGAUUUCCUAUUGCAGAAAAUUACUGAAGCCUGAAAAUAAGUUAUUUCUUCCAUUAACAGAUUUAGUUUUUGUCAGAAAUUUAUAAUAAAGAGGGUCUCCUGUCUCGUCCGAAUUUGAAGAAUAGUCCUGAGAAAAGUAGGAUUAUGGCCUUAUAUUGGUAACUAUUAAACAGGGUAUAAAAAAACGAAAAUAUUGUGUACAAUAGAUAUUUAUUUGUAAACAUAUGUUUUUAAUCUGAGAAGAAAAGUGAAGUGGUGAUAUUGCAACAUUGCAUGAUUAUUCCCUCAUUCCAUUGUUUAUAGAGUUAUUUCCCCAUGUCUGGUUUUAACAAAGGGCGUUUAUAGUAACAAAUAUCAUGUAAAUUUUCUAAUGCAUUGAAAUGGUGUUGAAAUAUUUUCUCAUUUAAAUAUAAAGGACACAACUCUGAUAAUGAAUACUGUUAAUUCAGAAAUUACUGUGUGCAUUUAUUAUAGCGAAUCCUUGACCACUUGCAAAAUCUAAUUAAUGGGAAUACAAAAAUUUUAUGAAGGAAAAUCACUCAUGAAAUUAUGAAUGCAAGUUUUUAUUAUUGCAACCUGAAACUGUCCCAUUUUUGCAUUAGUUUCUGAAUUUGCAGGGAAUGAUUUUUGAAACUGAAGGUUAUAUGGACUACACCUUCCUCUUCCACAAAGUAAUAUAGACAGGGUGAAGUUCUAACGUUCAGAUAAAACAGAAAUUUGUAUUACUAAAAUUAAUCAGAAAUACAUUUAUGUUUUUCAUUAUUAUUGGGUGGAUACCAAUUUUUAUAAAUUUCUUUGGCACAGUGGAAUUAACGAUUUAAUUCUCAAUAAAAUCAAAUGUUUUAGUUACUUUUGAAAGGUGCAAAUGAGGAAACCAUCAAAUUAGCUACCAUUGAAAUAGCAAAUUUUUCUCAAACCCUGAAAAUUAUUGUAAAUAGUUUAAUCCAUAGUUAUUCAUCUUCCAUAGACAAAUAGACUAACUAUGAUAUUGUCCAACAUGUAAUGAGGAAAUAUAUAUGAUGAAGUGGCAUGUCAGGAAAAAAUGCUUUAAAUAGAUAGUUUCCAUUGACAUUCUUAGAGUUGGAUCUUAAGGUCAGCAAAAGUAUGCCCCCCCCCCCCCUUUUUUUUUUAGAUCGUUGAUUUAUGCGGAAUUUUGCCCUCUAGCACAUCAACAGAAAGAAACAACUCUUAAUUCAAUUUUUCAAUUUACAACAAUGGAAAACUAUCUAUAGGAAAAGAUAAACAGAAAAUAGUGCAAUAGUAGAAUAGAAGAGUAACAUGUUGCUUAGUUAAAAGGAGGCUUUUGUCUAUCCCUGCAUGAGUUGCAUGCAUGGUAAAAAGGGGGUUUUGUCACCCUAGCUAAAUUCUACAUAAUGUUAUAGCAGUUUGUGAUAUUAUUUAUUGUAUAGUGUGUGAUAUAUUUGUUAGAAUGAUAUUUUUAACCCAUUAGCCCUUUUGGCUGUUAUUUUGGAAUUGAUUUUUUAAGUUUUCAGCCCUUUUGGCUGUAUUCUUAAAUUUGUAAUCAAGUUUUGCAAUGUUAUUGAAUAAUUGUUAGAUAUUAUUUCUAAUAUAUGAUAGAAUGUAAAAUAUAUACAAGUAGUUAUUGGUGUUUAUGUACAUAGGUAGGCAUGAUUUGUUAAACUAUUUUAACAAUGAUUUUAACUUGGUUUUUCCUUUAAAAAAUAUUCAUACUCAAAUCAGAUAAUUCAUUUAAAAAUUUACAGAUGGACAGUUUUAAAAUUCAUAAAAUAUCUACUAUAAACCACAUAAAACCUAUAUCUUGCCAUUUAAUCAUCUGAAAUUUUACAUUUGCAACAUAAAUCAAUGACAGUAUAUUUUUUCUUAUUUUGCAAUUUUGUAAUAGUGACCAUAAUUCACAGUUCAGUGUAGUAGAUUUUCAUUCCAUGAGUUAUUUCCCUUUUUCAGUCUUUAAUUCUUGGUUGACUUAAUUUUGGAUAGUUAUUUCUUAUUAUUGCUUCAAACUAUUUAUUCAUUAGUUAAAUGCAUUAAUGAAGCUGUUAAUAAAGUUAAUUGACAGAAACAAAAACUCUUAAAACAUGAACAAAAAUGUUUGCUAUUGUAUUGUGUCAUUGUAAUCACAGUCGCUAGUGGCAUCAGCAGAUACCACAGAUCCAUACUGUUAUUUAAAAUUUGGAUUUAAACGCAGAUGUUAAGAAAUGAAGCUUGCUUUAGUAAAACAAAUAUCUCAUAACAAUUAAAAAAUGGCUACACUAACUAUAGGUUUAUAUGAAUUCAGUAGGUGGGGUAGGAUUUCUUAAAGGAUAAUUUGUCUAAAGAGCCUCUCAAAGCAUGUGUUUUACAAAGUCUGUGUGUCAAUGGAACAAGUAAACAAAAGACUUUUUUUUUGGCCCCAUUUGCCUCAAUUUUAUCUGGUGUGCAAGACUGAAUAAAGUAAAUAUUUAGUGCUAAAAAAACAAAGACCCUUAUAUUUAAUGAAAUGCUAUUGUAAAAAUCUAUGUGUACCUACUUCACAGAGAUGGAUUUUAUAUAGGUCACUUUGUCAAUGUAUAUUUGUUCUGCUUAGCAGAAGUUCCCCUGGAAACUUUGUUAUAAACAAUGCCAUAAUAUCAGUUCCUGUUGGAACAAAUAUUCUAUACCCUUUAUUCCGUUAGGAACAAAUACUGUUAUAUUUGUUAUAGUGGAAAAAAUAAUACAGAAUUUUUCUUCCACUUGGAACUUAUAUUAUUAAGGAACUUUUCUCUCAUUACAACAUGACAAACAUUUUAUUGAAGGCUCUUUAAAAAAGAUAUAUUGACAUCAAAGUCAAAAUGUCAGAAUUGAUUUAAGGAACUUUACUUUCAAAUUAUUUGUAAUAUAUCCACAACAAUAAAAUCAUCAAUAAAUGUUUCUAAAAAUAUUCAGGUACACUUUUAUUCUUUUAGCGAACUUUUCUUAACCUUCUUAGGUAGUUCAUAUGUUGUUGUUUUUUUUUCUACUUAAGAAUUAGAUAUCUUUUUUUUAGGUUUCCUUAAUUUAUGUGCCAUAAAACUAUGUUUUUUUAAAGUUUAUUUAAUAUAUUAUUUCAGAUUUGUUAUUAUAAUAGAGAUAUAUUUUGUUAAUUAUUUUUGGUUUAUUUUUAUAUAACUGAUGUUAGAUACUCAUUACAAGAUCAGAUCUAUACUCAAUUUAUUAAAAACUAGUCACACAAUAUGAUUUACAUGUAUUCAUAUUUUUCUACAAACUAAAGAAAUCUCAAAUAUAUAUAGCAGUAGAUAUAAAACUACAGUGUAACCUGUAUAAUAGGGACUCUGUUUAAUGCAAGAACCUGCCUAAAGUGAACUUUUGUAUUAAGUAUUUUGACAUGUGUAAACAGAAACACUUGUCUAAUAGUCCAUUUUCCAAUUACCAAAGUUUCCAAUUUGAUAUUUUUUUAAAACACCAUAAUCAACAGACUUUACUAUUUUGCAAUUCCAUUCUUUCCAUAAAAAAGUAAAAAUUAUUGUCAGAUCUGGUACAAUUUACCAUGCUCUUCACACUUGCUUUGGUUAAACAGGAAUACAGUUUGUCUCUAAUCAAGGUGUAAUCUCCCUUUGCAAUUUUUUUUUAAAUUGGAAACAAAGUCUUUAGUUUGAAACUAUUCAAACAAAAUCUUCAUUUCAGUUUAGACAGACAUUUCUGUUUUAUUGAUAGCAUUAAAUUUAGUUAUAUGAAACAUAAAAAACAAAGUAAGUUUAAAAAUGAAAAAUACUAGCCUGGCAUCCUGUCCAGAUCUUUGCUUUGUGUCACUAGAACCAGAGGCAUAAUAUGUUUUAUAUGUCUCUGGUAGAACCAGAUGUGAAAGAAGCCAUGUCAUCCUAUUGUAAAAGUCAAUAAAGAUGUUUGAUACAUGUAGAUACACUUAAAAUAUAUUAUUAUACUUCACAUUAAAAUGCCGGAUUUUGAUUGGCUAAUGGAGAUAAUUCACUCUAUCCCAUGUUUCAGCGGGAGACAAUUUUUUGAAUGUCUCCCUUUCGUGCGGACCACUCAAAAAUCCAUAAUUUAAAGGACAAUGAAUUGAAUUAACAUCAAUAAAUUAAAGACAAUGCUAAAGUUCUACGUUUUUGCCUCAGAAGUUUUUCAUAGACUAUUAAAAAAAUAUAUCUUGCAUCACUUUUGUUGUAUUUCUAAUAACUAUAAUGUUGUUGUGUACGUGACAUCAAUUUAAAAUUUAACAGUAAAAGACAACAUUGAGAGAGCAUUUACUAUAAUAGAUUAAAUAACACAUAGUUGAGAGGGUGACAGAGCAGUUUGGUACCCCCUCGAAAAAACAUUGUCAACCUUGGCUUCGCCCUGUUUGAUAAUGUUUUCUUGGGGUAACAAUCUGCUCUAUCACCCUCUCAGAUUUGUCUUAUUUAUAUAAUGGUAUUAAACUAAAAUUUUAAAAAUGAUUUUUUUCUUUUAAAUGUGUCAGGCUACGUAUUCCCAACAUAUGUCAGGAGUUGAAGCCAACUAAUGAACCUAAACAUGUGGCUCUAUUCUUCCUUGCUCUAUUGGCCAGUAGUAAACCAGGAUUCCAGGCUAGAUUAUGUUUUGCAUACAUGUUAAUUAUAGAAGUCAGGUGUACACAGGUUUAUUUUGUUGUAAAGGAGGCACCCCCUCACUGAAUUAAAAAAAAAAGAUGCCACUAUUGUAUUAUUUAGUUCAUAUAUAGGUAAAUUGCUCUUGUAAAGGUUGCAGCCCUUGCUUUAUUAUGAUAAACUAAUGCCACUUCUGUAUUGUUUGUAGUAAUGUAUUUAAUAUUAUAUACUGGUAAUAUUUUAUUUUUGUUUUGUUGACUAUUGUAUUUCUAUAAUAAAUGUACUAAUUUCA